GUUUACUCUCAGUGCAGAAGGAUGAUACGGGAACUUGAGGCAUGACGUCUCAGAAACCAAGAAACCAAGUCACGCAUAUAUAAACCUCCUCGGUGACUCUCACCUACCUAGAAUAUCCUAUGUAAUAUCAAGAAGAUAAAGAAGCACCACACUAAGGCACUACUGUCUUUGCGCUGAUUUUAAAGACACGUUUAUGAUCGCUCAAUUCGAUCCUCUAUCACGAUGGCCAUAACCAAGAACCCUAACCUUUUGGUUGCUCCUGGAUCUCUAGUAGUGGUGACAGGUGCGAAUGGGUACAUCGGAUCUCACAUUGUCGACCAGUUCUUACAACGGGGCUACCGAGUCCGUGGUACCGUUCGUUCGGUCUCUCGAGAUCAAUGGCUGAAAGACUACUUCGACAGGAAGUAUCCGGGAAAAUUCGAAUUAGUCGAAGUGCCAGAUAUGGUGAAGAGUGGGGCAUAUGACGACGCCGUCAAGGGAGCAUCCGGCUUCGUGCAUGCCGCAGCUCCUGCUAUGGACUCAAUGCAAAGUCCCGACCCCCAGGUCAGAGUCCAAAUCGUAGUGGACAGCACGGUGCGAGCUCUAGAAUCGGCAUCAAGAGAGCCGGGGAUCAAAAGAGUGGUCCUGACAUCCUCGUCUGGAUCUGCAGUGUUUCCCAUCGCCAACAAAGCUGUUUCGAUAGAUUCAAACACUUGGAAUGACUACUCGGUUAAGGAGGCAUUUGCUCCACCCCCAUACGAGGGCGAGAAACGCAUGGUAGAUGUUUACUACGCCAGCAAGACCAAGGGCGAGCAGGCGGCGUGGGAAUGGGUGCGCAAGCACAAGCCUCACUUCACAUUCAACGCAGUCCUGCCCGAUUUCAACACGGGGGCGCCCAUAAAUGUGGCUAGACAAGCGUCCAGGAGUACGGCCGGUAUGAUCAGCGUCUUGAUUGAAAAAGGCGAAGCGAUGAGGCCAGAGGAUGUCGUUUUCCCCCCACAGUGGUACAUUGAUGUCCGUGACGACGCCGCAUUGCAUGUGGCCGCAUUGAUCUACUCUGAUGUGGUAGACGAGCGCCUAUUCGGCUUUGCUUACCCUUUCAACGUUAACGAUGUUAUACGGACGCUGAAAGCGUUAUAUCCAAAACACAAAUUCGGCGAAGAGAUCGCUGAUGUCGGUAGAGAUCUAUGCAGCGUUACAAACGAGAGAGCGGAAGAGCUACUCAGAAGACUCACCGGACACGGAUGGACGAGCUUAGUGGAUUCUCUGAGGGAUACUGCUGAAGCGUUGGGAAUACAUUGAUUGCCUUAGGUACCAGAUAGAGGUAGACACAUAUGAUGUUUGUAGGUUAGUAGGUGUUUGCACAUCCUGUACAUACCUGAAGUUAUCGCAUCUUUGAGCGGUACAAAGUGCACCCGAAAAAAAAGGGUUGUUGUAGGUAGCGUUGCAAUUGUGGACCGAUCGCUGUGUGGAAAAGAAGUGUGUGACCGUACUCUGUACUUGCGUUGAUUAACAAUACACUUUCCUACUAAGCGACGCUAACA